UGUCUUAUAUUUGGAACAAUACGGUAACUUUUUGUCAAGGUAAAAGUCAACAAAUGUAGAAAGAUGCAGCAGUACCCUCCCAAAUAUACAUGAUUGCAUUACAUUUUUAGAUGUGGAAGAAAGAAGGAAGUGCAACUUACAAACCACAUUCAUGCACCUUAUACGGACAGACCAAGAAUAAAACUGGUCCACUUCCUCAGCUAUUGCUAAGCAAACCUUCAUAUUCACAUCAGCAACUGGCAGAUGAAGAUGGAGUACCAGAACAUUUCUAACAGCUCUCAGUUUGCCUGUACCUCAGUGGUAGUAUCCAGCACUGUUCUGGGAUUGUGCUUUGCUCUGGGUGUACCAGGUAAUAUAGCGGUGCUGGUCAUGCUCACCCAACAUUUAAAGGAGGGCAGUUUCACCCCAAAACUGAUGCUGAAUCUGGCUGUCUCGGAUCUACUGAGUCUGAUUUCUCUGCCUGUGUGGAUCUAUGCCCUUCUGAACGGCUGGGUUUUUGGUCAAGGUCUGUGUAAGUUAUUCUCCUAUGUCGUGUACUGGAGCCUCUACAGUAGUGUGCUUUCUGUCACCUUGUUGAGUGUGCAAAGGUACCUGCAGGUGCUGUAUCCACAGCGAUGGGCGAAACUUGGACAGAAGGGCCAAAAGGGGCUGAUUUUUGGGAUAUGGACAUCAAGUGGAGCUCUGGGUUCUUAUGCGCUUUAUUUCCGAAAUGUGAAGCAGAUGGACAGGCUUCCAGUGUGUCAUCAGGAUUAUAGAAAUAAUCAAGACAAACUAGUUGUCUUGCUUGUCGAGACUCUAGUGAUGUUUCUUGUUCCUCUCUUCAGCCUGUUGUUCUUCUACCUUCGACUUCAUCAACGGAUAAGUCAGUCAGCUUCCUUCAAAAGCCACAGGCUGACAAAACUGGCCAUCAGAAUCGUAGUGGCCUUCUUUAUAUUCAGCACCCCCUGUAUGAUCAACAACUUGGUCUUAAUGGCAGUGUCAUGGGAAUCAGAUGUCAGCAACAAUGUAACCGGGGCUCUUUUCUUUAUCAACAGUUGCGUGAACCCUUUUCUUUAUGCCUUUUCAGCUCGAACACUGCGAUGCAGAAGAAAACAGCAUUCAGACGAGCUACAACAUCAGAAUGAAACUGAGUAAACACACUCGGACUAAAAAGUGCACUUCCAGUGGUAUUUUAUGUUUCUGUUUGUUCAAGUAUGUUCUUAUGUGUUUUUCUUUUUUUUUAUCCUACUGUAUCUAAAUGGAAGUGCAUACAAAGCUUUUCAUCAUACUUAUUUCCUCAACUUGUGUCUCCUCAGUUUGAAUAUUUUAUUCCAUCACAUUAAAAGUACAUUACAGUACAUGCUUUUCUUACAGUGUAACUUGUGUACUAAUAUAGCUUAUACUUCGAACUUGACAUCGUGUAUAAAUAUUGGCAAUUUUUCAAGAUUUUCCUCAUUUCUAAGUGUUGUGGCAUUUGUGGCAAAAAAGUUCUGAAAAAUAAUUUUCUUGCAAGAAAAAGGUCUACAUUCAUAUAGUCAUUCAAGGUUGGCUGUAGAUUAGGACAAAAAGGAAAACACCCCAACAAAUCAUAAUGCUUCAACGUGUCCAUUUAAGGUUAUUCAACCAUUUCCCAUAGAUGUGUUUAUAAGUAUUUAAUGCAAAUAAUUUUCUAAGAGGCUAGGGCAUCUAAGGCUAAAAUGACAUUUUCAGUCUCACACUUGUCUUGCACACCAAUAUCAAAUAGAUUUCCUGUUAUCUCUCAGCUCAUGAAAAACUCACACAUACUGAUGAGGCAUUUAGAGGAGAAAAGAACACACUUUGGUAGAGUAAAUCAAAUAAAGCUAAUAAUAAUAAUAAUAAUAAUAAUUCAGAUAAAAGUAAAAUUACUCCAUAGUAGGUCACUAUGUAAAAAAUAAAAAAUCUAUUAAAAAAAAAAAGUUCAAAUAUAAUAAUUUUUUCUGUAGCAAGACAAAAAACAACAACAACAACAAAAAAACAUUCAGACAAAAGUCAACUAUUGUACUAAAGGUUACAUUCUGCAUUUUUAUUCUUGUAAGGUUGGGGUCAGUUGUCUUAUUGGGGAAAGUUGUUGCAUUUGUUUUAAAUAUAUAAUAUACACACUCCUUUAUUUACAAUAGACUAUCUGCUGGUCAUAAAAACAGUUUUAUAAUUCUUUAACUUCUACAUUGCUUACUGUUUAAAUUCUGCUGAAAAACACGGUUUCCUGUGACAACAUGCACCACUACUGAGUAACCCCGGAGUCAGUGGCGGACAGAAAAUAGUGGUGGGUAGCCUUAAUUAUUCACAUUACCUGGGAUAAUUUCAGACUGGAGCGGGGGUGGUAAUUAUGCAUUGUUGAAAAAAUUUCAUACAUUCUGUUUUUCCAUAUUCUUUGCUAAUGACAUGCUAAUGAAAUGUGAGAACAUAUGGCACAGAGGCUCUGUGUGUUUAAGCACAAUACGCAGACGAAUGCCAUCAUUCUAUGAUAUAAGUCCGAUCUACCACUACAUACAUGAAAUAUGUGACCCUGGAGCACAAAACCAGUCGUAAGUCGCUGGGGUAUAUUUGUAGCAAUAGCCAAAAAUACAUUGUAUGGGUCAAAAUUAUCCAUUUUUCAUUUAUGCCAAAAAUCAUUAGGAUAUUAAGUAAAGAUCAUGUUCCAUGAAGAUAUUUUGUAAAUUUCUUACUGUAAAUGUAUCAAACUUUACAUUUUUAAUUAGUAAUAUGCAUUGCUAAGAACUUCAUUUGGACAACUUUAGAAGCGAUUUUCUCAAUAUUUUGAUUUUUUUUGCACCCUCAGAUUCCAGAUUUUCAAAGAGUUGCAUCUCGGCCAAAUAUUGUCCGAUCCCAACAAACCAUACAUCAAUGGAAAGCUUAUUUAUUCAGCUUUCAGAUGAUGUAUAAAUCUCAAUUUCAAAAAAUUGACAUUUAAGACUGGUUUUGUCGUCCAGGGUCACAUAUGUGACGUGGAUAUAAUAAAACAACUACAAAUAUAAAGAAUUUGUGGUUUAUUUGUAUGAAGUAUAAAAGACCCGAGUUGUUGUUAAAAUAUUCUUAAACUCUUUUUGUCAAGUCAAGUCUGAAGUCUAUUGAAAUCCAGCUCGAGUCAGAGUCACUAAUUCAACUGCCCAUCUCUGCUUGUAAGAUUGUAGAAAUACACAUUCCACUAUGUGGCAU